AUGGGACCCAAAGUUGCAACCCCGAAGAAGGUCACGAAGGCUUCAACCUCUGCCGGUAAAAGCCCUUCGAAGUCUGACUCCGACAAGAACCUCCUCUUUCUUUGGACGUGCCUCAAGUCUCUUGACGCCCAGGUCGACUUUGCCAUCGUUUGCCAGCAGCUCGGCAUCAAAGCAACUGCCGCUCGCAUGCGUUUUGUUCGUCUCCGACAGAAGCUUGAUAUCAUGGAGGACGAGGAGGAGCAGGGCCCCGCCAAGAAUGAGCACUAG